UGCCUCAAUCUUUGUUAAAAGCUCUGCGCUCUUGCUCAAAAGAAAAUGUCAAAUGCUUGAGAAAGGGAGAGAGAGGAGUGAGAGUUUAAAAAUUCUUGCUUGAAGCUGGCUGCGCUACAGAUUAAAGGGUUGAUGGGAAGAUGGACAAAUAGCAGAGGGAAAUAUAGAGAGGAGAGCAGUUGUUGAAGGGCUUGAAGUUCAAAACACAUAAAGCUUUUCCUCUGAAGAUGAUCCUAUUUUGUUUCCUUAUGCCAAACCAACAGUUUUCAUUUCUAGGACUCCUUUGGAGGGGAUAAUAGGAGGAGUGUAAUACUGUUAUUGCUGUAUUUUUUUUGUUUCCAGUCCUUUUGAAGUGAUGGGUUGUGCUCUGUUCAUAAUCCUUCUGCUUUGUAACGUUCUUCUGCUUCUUGAUCCUUCGUUUUCACAUCCUUCUUGCACAAAUUCAAGAGCGCCUUUUAUUUCAAAUGCCCCUUUGGAUUUCUGUCCUUACAAUGGAAGCUUAUGCUGCAACUCAACUCAAGAUUCACAAUUGCAGAAGCAGUUUCAAGCCAUGAAUGUCUCUGAUCCUGGAUGCGCUUCUCUUCUUAAAUUAAUCCUCUGUGCGAGAUGUGAUCAAUUUUCAGAAGAGUUGUUCAGAGCUGAUUCCAUACCUCAGCUAGUUCCUGUACUCUGCAACUCUACCAUUUCUGCCAAUUCAUUGCAGUCUAAACAGGCAGCUAAUGACUUUUGUUCAGUCGUAUGGGAUACUUGUCAGAAUGUAUAUGUGUUGAAUUCCCUAUUUGCUCCUGCAUUACAAGGCCAAGCUGGGAUACCAGUUACUUCCAAUUUUUCCAAAUUGACUGACUUCUGGCAGUCAAAAACUGAUUUCUGCAAUGUAUUUGGCAGAGCUUCAACUGAUGGAUCAGUAUGUUUUAGCGGUGAACCUGUCACACUAAAUAACAGUGGAACUCCUAGCCCACCAAAUGGUUUGUGUUUGGAAAAAAUAGGGAAUAGCUCUUAUGUGAAUAUGGUUGCUCAUCCUGAUGGGUCCAGUCGUGCGUUCUUUUCUAACCAACCAGGUAAAAUAUGGUUGGCAACUAUUCCUGAAGAGGGAUCAGGGGGAACAUUGGACCUUGAUGAAUCCAAUCCAUUUCUAGAUUUAACUGAUGAGGUUCAUUUUGAUACUAAAUUUGGGAUGCUGGGUUUGGCAUUUCAUCCGGAUUUCACAAAAAAUGGGCGUUUAUUUGUUUCAUUCAAUUGUGACAAGGUUCAGUGGCCAAGAUGUGCAGGAAUAUGUUCGUGCAAUUCAGAUGUGAACUGUGAUCCUUCACAGCUGCCUCCUGAUAAUGGUGCCGGGCCUUGCCGUUACCAAAGUGUUAUUUCUGAGUUCACUGCCAAUGGUACUGCAUCUCAGCCAUCCUUGGCAAAAAUUGCCAAACCGACAGAAGUGAGAAGGAUAUUUACCAUGGGCCUUCCAUUUACAUCUCAUCAUGGUGGACAGAUCCUUUUUCGACCCUCAGACGGAUAUUUGUACUUUAUGAUGGGGGAUGGCGGAGGAACAGGAGAUCCUUACAAUUUUUCCCAAAACAAGAAAUCGUUGCUUGGAAAGAUUAUGAGACUUGAUGUUGAUAACAUACCAAGUGCAGCAGAAAUAAAUAAGCUUAGUCUGUGGGGAAACUACUCCAUCCCAAAAGACAACCCUUACGUUGAAGAUCCAGAAUUGCAACCUGAAAUAUGGGCAUUAGGACUACGAAAUCCUUGGCGCUGCAGUUUUGAUUCAGAAAGACCUUCCUACUUUAUGUGUGGAGAUGUUGGGCAGGAUCAGUAUGAAGAGGUAGAUCUCAUCUACAAGGAUGGAAACUAUGGCUGGGGUGUUUAUGAGGGUCCUUAUUAUUAUACUCCUCCAUCAUCACCCGGUGGAAAUACUUCUAUCAAUUCCAUAAACCCAAUAUUCCCAGUAAUGGGAUACAAGCAUUCUGAUGUUAACAAGAAUGAAGGAUCAGCAUCAAUUACAGGGGGCUAUUUCUAUCGUUCAAAGACGGAUCCAUGCUUGUAUGGAAGGUACUUGUAUGCAGAUCUGUUUGCAGGUGCUAUUUGGGCAGGCACUGAAAGUCCAGAAGACAGUGGAAACUUUACCUCUAGCAAGAUUCCUUUUGCUUGCGCCCAUGAUUCUCCGAUACAAUGCAGCUCUGUGCCUGGAACUCCUGCUCCUGCUCUGGGUUACAUUUACUCAUUUGCAGAGGACAACAAGAAGGAUAUUUUUCUCCUAGCAACCAAUGGGGUGUAUAGAGUUGUUCCCCCAAGUCGCUGCAAUUAUACUUGCUCAAAGGAAAAUGUCACGGCUGUGGUAAAUCCAAAACGUGCCUCCUCCCCUACUUCACAGGCAGGCAGAUCGAAUGAAAUGUACAAGAAUUUGGCCCUCCUUUUCUCUUUGUUGUUGUGCUUGUUUGGUUUUUUCUAGCAUGUUAAAAAAUCUUCCUUUGUAUGGAAUGAGGGAUGGUUUUGUUGCAUCGAUUGUGCAAGAUUAUGUCUUUCUGAAUGAUUUAUUUUUUCAUUGGAUUCCAUUAUCCCAAAGG